UUUCUUUCUUUACAUUUACUUUUAUACCGACUUUUAUUUUUUAUUUUAUAUUAUUAUAUUAUCUCUGUGUUAGAGGGUAUAUAUAUAUAUAUAUAUAUCGUUUUCUCUCUCUAUACUUUUGGUUACAUUGGUUCAAUUGUUGUUAUACGACAUAUAAUAUGAAUUCUUGGAAAUUACCGGGUACAAGAAAAAAGGAAGCCAAGGAAACCAAGGAAGGAAUCUCAACAUCGUUAACGGCUGCUAUCAACUCAUUAUCACCUACGUCGUCAGGAAGAGACUCAUCCAGUAGAAAUAGUAGCAAUACCAUUACAGCAUCAUCAACAAAUACUAAAACAAUAUCUCCAAUAUUAUCUUCACCUUCUUCACCUUCUGAACCAUAUUCAGGUGUAUUACUUAUUCGAGUAUGUGAUGCUCAAGGACUUACUAUACCUUCUCAAAUUAAUUUACCUCCACCUCCACCUAUACAACCUUUACCACGUAAUCGUGACUCUUUGACUCGAAAACAACAUUGGUGGCUACCUUAUGUGGUAUUAGAAUUCGACAAGAAUGAAAUAUUGAUUGAUGCUCUUGGCGGUGAUACACAAAAUCCAAUUUAUCAAUACAGGGCUCAUUUUGAUGUGUCUAGAAGUUCCGAUGUAUCCAUCUCCAUAUACUUACGCCCUCCUCCUGAAACAAUCGAGCGUCAUCAUAACAAUAAUAACAGUCAGUCAACAACAACAACAACAACAAAACUUGCGGACUAUUUUUUGGGUAGUGUCAAAUUACAACCAAAUUUUGAUUCAACAAGAUUAGAUGAUCAAGUAUUACAAAUAACUGGUGGUACUGGGAUGAUGCAUGUACAAUUAUGUUAUAAACCACAACAGCAAACAUCACCUAUAGCAUUUGAUUCUUUUGAUUUAUUACGUGUGAUUGGUCGUGGUAGUUUUGGUAAAGUAUAUGUGGUGCGCAAGAAGGAUACAAAUCGAAUUUAUGCUAUGAAGGUACUACGGAAAUCACGUAUUAUCUCCCGAUCAGAAGUGACACAUACGAUGGCAGAGAAGACGGUAUUAGCCAAGAUUCGAAAUCCAUUCAUUGUACCUUUGAAAUUUGCAUUUCAAAGUCCUGAUAAACUUUAUUUGGUAUUGGCUUUUAUCAAUGGUGGUGAACUUUUUCAUCAUUUGCAAGUGGAGGGACGAUUUGAUGAAGAACGAUCUCGGUUUUAUACAGCGGAACUCUUCUCAGCCCUGGAAUGUUUGCAUGACUUCAAUGUGGUUUACCGUGAUUUGAAACCCGAAAAUAUUUUGAUUGAUUACAAUGGACAUAUUGCGCUCUGCGAUUUCGGAUUAUGUAAAUUGAACAUGAAAGAAAACGAACGGACCAAUACUUUCUGUGGCACCCCAGAAUAUUUGGCACCAGAAUUACUACUUGGACAAGGUUAUAGUAAAACAGUAGAUUGGUGGACAUUGGGUGUAUUGUUAUACGAAAUGAUGACUGGACUUCCUCCUUUUUAUGAUGAAAAUACAAAUGAAAUGUAUCGUAAAAUUUUACAAGAUGAAUUACGAUUUCCAGAUGAUAUAUCAGAAGAUGCAAAAUCUUUAUUACGUGGAUUAUUAACAAGAGAUCCAGAAGAACGAUUAGGCAAUCAUGGUUCAGCAGAUAUCAAGAAUCAUCCUUUCUUUGCAAAACAUAUAGAUUGGCGAUUAUUAUUACAAAAGAAAUUACAAGCACCUUUUAAACCUAGUGUAGAAAACCAAUAUGAUACAACAAAUUUUGAUGAAGAAUUUACUUCCGAAGCACCUUUGGAAUCCCUUGUUGACGAAACUCAUAUUUCCAAGACAAUGCAAGAACAAUUUGCUGGGUUUACAUAUAAUCCUUCCAAUGAUGGACUUUUAGCUGAAAGUUAUGUAGGUAGUAGUAGUCAUAGUAGUAGUAAUAGUAAUCAUUGGUGAAAAUCAUAUUUUAUGUUCUCCUCCCUUUUUUGUCAAUAAAAGAGACUUUUUUUUUAAAGUUC